CCAAAUAAAGUCUGUUAAACCCCAAAUAAAUUUCCGCUCUCCUCAAACUCCAAUUCGCAGCUGCUCUUCAUCUCCUUCCUCCUCUUCCUCCACCAUUUUAUAUUUGCAUCACCACCUCUAAACGGCGGCGCUUCCGCCAUUGUGGACUUCCAAUUUGGAGACUUCCGAACACCACACCUCCUCUGCCGCUACUAUUCUCCUGUCGAAGAUAUUGUAUAGCUUCUUUUAUUCAUGUUGAUAUUUUUCUUAACAACAUCAGACUGAUUUGUGAUAUUCAACACACUAGUGAGAGGAAAUGGCAUUCAGGUCAAAGGAAACAAUGAAGAAGAUACUGAAGAAAGUCGGAGAAGAUAACAUUACGAGGGGUGUCAAAGAGGCUUUAACAAAGAACAUACCAAAUAACAAGGUAGUCAUGGGUCGUGCUAAGCGAGGGCUUUUUGCCGGUCGCCAUAUUCAGUUCGGCAACCAAGUUAGCGAAGACGGAGGCAAUAAGUCGCGGAGAACUUGGAAGCCGAACGUGCAAGAGAAACGACUCUUCAGUUACAUUUUGGACCGCCAUAUUCGUGUCCAUGUGACAACACAUGCUCUACGUUGCAUUGACAAAGCUGGUGGUAUUGAUGAGUACCUGUUGAAGACACCGUAUCAUAAAAUGGACACAGAAAUGGGCCUCCUUUGGAAAGCCAAAAUUGAGAAGAUGUAUGAAGAGCUUGGAAACAAGGAGAUUUCGUUUUUCUCUCCGGAGGAUGAAGCCAAGUUUGAGCAAAGUUUUAAGGAAAUGAAGCUAGAUGAAAAAAUAGCCCGAAGAGAAUUCAGAAGAGGAUUGUAUGGGUCAGUGAAGCCCGAAAAAAUAUCAGAUCUCGAGGGUGGUGGUGGUGAAUCAGAUGGUGGAGUUGGAAGCUCACAUUCAGACCAUGAGCAGUUGGCUGCAACUGCUUGAGCUUUCACUUCAUGACCAGCUUUCACUUCAUGACCAGCUUUCACUUCAUGGUGGAGUCGGAAGCUCACAUUCAGUGCUUGAGAUUGCACCUCAUGACCACCUUUAAGCUUUUGCAAUUUUCUUCAGGAUGUAAACCAGUUUUGCAGUAUUACUCUCGCAGCUGUAGCAUUUGACAAUUUUAUUUCUCAUGUUUACAGUUUCUUAUCAUCUAGGCUAUUGACAUAAGAGCCCUCUUGUAUGAUACUAGUAUAAUGCUCAGAAUUUUGAUAAGGAAAAAUUGAUAAUAUAAAUCCCACCUUUUGCCGGUCU